UGUUAUGGUUCCAUGGUGCCCCGCUUAAUUGCAGAAUCCGCUCAAUUUGUGGAAGGAACUGUUUGGAGGCUAAAGUACAGCCCACUCGUUCGCCCCUAACUCAAGUAGCCGUUUUUGGUAGACCACUGUCACAUUCCACGCGCUUUACUCUCACAGUCUUCUUCCAACAUGCUGACCCAUCUGUUCCGUAUUCAUGGCCAUGUGGUGGCAUCCCAUCCUUGGGAGGUCAUUGUGGGGACUGUCACUCUCACGGUUUGUAUGAUGUCCAUGAAUAUGUUUACUGGAAAUGACCAGAUCUGUGGCUGGAACUUUGACUGCCCCAAAACAGAUGAGCAAAUCCUGAGUAGUGAUAUCAUCAUCCUGACCAUCACACGCUGCAUUGCCAUUGUCUACAUUUACUUCCAGUUCCAGAGCUUAAGACAACUGGGAUCCAAAUAUAUUUUAGGAAUUGCAGGACUUUUCACAAUUUUUUCCAGCUUUGUAUUCAGCACAGUGGUCAUUCACUUCCUCGAUAAAGAGCUAACCGGCCUUAAUGAGGCUCUCCCUUUCUUUCUACUUUUGAUUGACCUCUCCAAAGCAUGUGCUCUUGCCAAGUUUGCCUUGAGCUCCAGUUCUCAGGAUGAAGUUAGGGAAAAUAUUGCUCGAGGUAUGGCACUACUGGGACCUACAUUCACUUUAGAUGCCCUGGUGGAGUGCUUAGUGAUUGCUGUCGGAACUAUGUCAGGUGUUCGACAGUUGGAAAUAAUGUGCUGCUUUGGCUGUAUGUCUAUUUUGGCCAAUUAUUUUGUCUUCAUGACAUUCUUCCCUGCAUGUGUGUCACUGGUGCUCGAGCUGUCCCGUGAGAGUCAUGUAGGCCAUCCGAUUUGGCAGCUCAGCCACUUUUCUCAGGUGCUGGAGAAAGAGCAGGAUAACAAACCGAAUCCUGUUACCCAGAGAGUCAAAAUAAUUAUGUCUCUGGGACUUGUUAUGGUUCAUGCUCACAGUAGGUGGAUUGCAGAGCCCAUGUUGUUCAGUGCUACAGUGGGAAUACAACAGGGUAGCAUGGAGCAAGAACAGCUAUCCCCUCGGAGAAUCGAGCCAGACAUACCUUUGUGGCACUUUUACCUCACCAGAAUGAUCACUAUGGAUAUUGAGCAGAUGAUCUGCCUGGCCUUGACUCUGCUGCUAGCCAUCAAGUACAUCUUUUUUGAACAAGUGGAAAUGGAAUCUACACUAUCAAUAAAGAACCCCAUCACGUUGUCCACACAGUCCCUUGGUGCAGGACAUGCUAACAAAACUUGCUGCAGAAAAGCGCUUAAUCGACUCCAACGCCAUGAACUCUUUCCGAGUUUGCUUUCCACCACGUCAGCCAACAGGAAAGAAAUGGAUGAGGUUAUCCGCCCCAUGCUUGUUCCUGUUCCUUAUUCUGGUUCAAGGAAUGUCUUCAACCUUGGUGUAAGAGAGGAAGAGAUCAAAUCAGAAACCAUCGAGCCGAGCCUCCCCUUAAAGCCAAGACGCCUCACUGAAUGUGUUGCCAUUCUCAACAAUCCAGAGCAAGGACCUCGUUUGCUGAGUGAUGCUGAGGUAAUCCUGCUGGUUAACUCCAAACACAUUCCUACUUACAAACUGGAAACCAUCAUGGAGAGACCUGAGCGAGGUGUAGCAAUACGGAGACAGAUGAUAUCAGAAAAGCUUCCCUCUCCCUCUGCACUCACAUCAUUGCCAUUCACUGAUUACGACUACUCCAAGGUUAUAGGCACCUGCUGUGAGAAUGUGAUUGGAUAUAUGCCUGUACCGGUAGGCGUGGCUGGGCCACUAUAUCUGGAUGGGACACAGUUCCAAGUUCCCAUGGCAACUACGGAGGGAUGCCUUGUAGCUAGCACCAAUCGGGGAUGUCGGGCAAUUGCGCUUGGAGGCGGAGCCAGAAGUCGCAUCCUGGCUGACAGCAUGACCCGAGGACCUGUGGUGAGGAUGCCUUCUGCCUGCCAGGCUGCAGAGGUUAAAGGAUGGCUGGAAAGCAGAGAUGGUUUCCAGGCCAUCAAAGAAGCCUUUGACAACACCAGCAGGUUUGCUCGGCUCCAGAAGCUGCAGGUUGGUCUGGCUGGAAGAAACCUGUACAUUCGUUUUCAUUCUAAGACAGGGGAUGCAAUGGGAAUGAAUAUGAUCUCAAAGGGUACAGAACAGGCUUUAACAAAACUUCAGCAGCACUUCCCAGAGCUGCGUGUUUUGGCUGUCAGUGGGAACUACUGUACAGAUAAGAAACCAUCUGCAGUCAACUGGAUAGAAGGCAGAGGAAAAUCUGCCGUCUGUGAAGCCACUAUCCCUGCUAAUGUAGUCAGAGAGGUUUUGAAGACCUCUGCAGAAGCUCUGGUGGAGGUAAACAUCAAUAAAAACCUUGUUGGCUCAGCUAUGGCAGGCAGCAUUGGUGGAUUCAAUGCACAUGCAGCCAACCUGGUAGCAGCUAUAUACAUUGCCUGUGGACAGGAUCCUGCCCAGUCAGUGAGUAGCAGUAACUGCAUCACCCUGAUGGAGGUGUCAGGCCCAACAGGUGAAGACCUUUACAUCACCUGCACCAUGCCUUCAAUAGAGAUAGGCACUGUCGGCGGUGGAACAAACCUACUUCCCCAGCAAGCUUGCCUCCAGAUGCUUGGCGUACAGGGGGCCAGUGAGGCUUGUCCAGGGGAGAAUGCCAGGCAGCUUGCUAAGGUGGUGUGUGCCACUGUGCUGGCUGGAGAGCUAUCACUCAUGGCUGCCCUGGCAGCUGGCCACCUGGUCAAGAGUCACAUGACACAUAACAGGUGUGAUUGUGAGUGCGACUGCUGUCUGUCAUGUGCCCUGCGAUUGGCUGGCAACCAGUUCAGGGUGCACUGUGCCUCCUGCCUGAUGACAGCUGGGAUUGGCUCCAGCACUCCUACGACCCUCGUGAGGAUAAACGUAUCAAAAAAUGGAUGGCUAUAUAAACAUAAAGAAAUAGUCAAAAGAUGUGCCCUGCGAUUGGCUGGGAACCAGUUCAGGGUAUACCCUGCCUCCUGCCCAUUGACAGCUGGGAUAGCCUCCAGCACUCCCCGAGACCCUCGUGAAGAUAAGCGGCGAAGAAAAUGGAUGGAUUGUCAAAAGAUUUAAAUACAAUUCUGAAGACCUUUUAACUCUUAAUUUUGAAGUGAUUGUUUAGCAAAAGAACAUCGCAAAGCAAAGCAAAUUUCUUUGUAAUGCGCAUUUCAUACACAAGGUAACUCAAUGCGCUUCACAUAAUUAAAAGCAUGCAAAUAAAUGGAAACAUUUGAAAAAGUACAAUUAAAAUGAGCUUUUAGUGCAAGAAAUAUCUCUGAAAAGUGGAAGUACUCUAAAAUAUAUGAGUAAAAAGUUUUUAAUGUGUAUUUGAAAAGACUCGCACUUGGGGCUGACGUCACCUCUGUUGGCAAUUUAUUCUAUUUUUUGCAGCAUAAUAGCUAAAUCCUGCUACACCGUGUUUGCUUUUGACUCUACACUCUAUUAUGAGAACUACGUCAGUCUAUCUCUAAACCCUACUGGAUUUGUAUCACAUUAGCAUUUCUUUCAUGUAUUCAAGAUCGAAACCAUUUAGUGAUUUGUAGACCAGUACCGGAACUUCGGUCCCUGUACGACCAGGUCCAGAAUUUGGCCCGCAUUGGCAGCAAUAAGUCGGACUUGUUUCUGGUGAGAGUUGGACUCUGCCAAGGCUCCCCUUUCUCAACAAUUUAAUUCAAAACUUUUAUAGACAGAAUUUCUAGUUGCACCUGAGGUGUAGAGGGUGUCUGGUUUGGUGGCCUCUGCAUCGCAUCUCUGCUCUUUGCUAAUAGAUGAUGUGGUUCUGUUGGCUUCAUCAAGCCGUGAUUUCCAACAGUCACUGGAGCCGAGUGUGAAGCGGGUGGGAUGAGAAUCUGCACCUCCAAAUCUGAGACCAUGGUCCUCAGUUGGUAAAGGGUGGUGUGCCCUCUCCACGUCGGGGAUGAGAUCCUGUUCCAAAUAGAGGAGUUCAAGUAUCAUGGGGUCUUGUUCACGAGUGAGGGAAGAAUGGAGGAGAUCAACAGGUGGAUUGGUGUAGCAUCUGCAGUAAUGCCUGAACCAUUUAAGGACAGUUCCAUUUAGUCCGACCCACGUUUCCAAUCUGUUUAGCGGUAUAUUGGGAUCUACCAUAUCAGAAGCUGCACUGAUAUCCAAGACCAAAAUUAACACCUUUCCUGAAUCAGUAUUCAAUCUUUUGAUAAGAGCAGAUUCUGUACUGUAAUAAGUUGUGAAACCAGAUUGAAAUUUGUCAAAAAGCCCAUUUUAAAUAAAAAAAAAUGCUAGUGUAGUAUUAGUUUUGUAUAGGUACAUAAACUAGCUUAAUCCUAAAUUUGUUUUAAUGUGUUGUCUAAAAAAAUAUAUUUCUGUCUUUAGAUCCAAGGUAAACUUCCAAGAGAGUGUGGGAACCUGCAACAAGCAAGCUUCCUGAGAGCAGAAGGCACCAUUGCUCCCCUCUGUGAGGCCUGCCACUGACUGAAUCAUCUAGGCACUGAAAUGAUUCCAGACUUUGUGUUUUCAAAACAACACAACUAUUUUGUCCGAUCAAAGUGCUUUCUGUUUGUCUUUAACCAUGGCUUUAUUUUUUUUUCAUGUGAAUUGAGGUCAUGCAAAAGCAUGGAACAAUAAAUGCACAUCAUUGAUUCAAUUUAAAAAAAAAAAAGUUAUGUGUGAAUGUUAAACUUGAGUUACAUCUACUUGUCACGGGCAGAACUUGGGAUUGGACGCAAAAUGCACGACUAUGAAAUCAGGUUCAGUUGGAGCAGGAGGUUUAUUUAGACUGCCAUCGAUACACAAGCAGGCAGUCCAAGGAAACAACGGUAAUAGUAUCAGCAGGUAAAGAGGCAAAGUCAAACUCAAAGCAGGGUCAAGCAUCCAAGAGGUACUUGACAUAACACAAGGAAAUGCGGGAACAUGAUGACAAGGUGCAACGAUCUGACAAAGGACAAGAUAAAACGUACUGCAAUAUAUGUGAGACUUAAUGAGCGUAAACGAGGCCGGAGCAGGUGCGUACGAAGCAGGGAGUAGAAGGAAAUGAUCUUCAUGUUGGGUGAGGCGAAGACCUUGGGCCUGGAAAGCCUUGCGCAGCAGAUCAGAGUUGGCUGGGCCCAUGUCUUGGCUAGAUCGUUCUGUCAUGGGCGGAACUCGGGAUUGGACCUAAAAUGUACGAAUCUGGAAACCCAAGUUCUGUUGAAGUAGAAGGUUAUUUCAGUCUGGCAGGCUAAGAAAACAACAGGAAGGCAAAGAGGCAAGGUCAAACGUGAAGCAGGUUCUAGCAUCCAAGAGCAAGGUAUAACGAUCUGGCAAAGGACAAGGUAAAGUGUGCAGCAAUAUAUGUGAGCGGUAGUCAGCGUAAAUCAGGCCCAGGUGAGAAGCCAUCUCGCCAGAGCAGGUGCACACAAGGCAGCAAAUUCUGAUACAGUAUUUUUACCGAAAGAUUACAUGAGAUUUAUUGCUUUCAUAUCUUUUGUCCAUUUAUUUAUCUAACAUACUAUGGAGUAAACACAGCUAACUUGACCAAAAGUCACCUAUUUAGCACAUUAUCCCUGAUUCCUCCUUUCCAGGUAUGACCAAGCUUAAUUCCAACUGUUCCAUUCAUGUAACAAUUAGCAAGUGUAAGUGUAUUAAUCAUGACUGAAUAGUGAGUCACAGGGAUGAUGAUGUAUAAAGAUGGCUGUUGCAUUGUUUCGGUUGCUAUACUCAGUGUGACACAAGUCCACUCUCUUUAGCAACCCGCUUCUUUUUUUACUAUUAAUAAUGAAAUACUCUAAUUUGGUAUGGUUUAUUAAAUGUGAUACAAUAAUACUGUAUGUACAGCAUCAAACUGAAAGCCAAUAGAGGCUUGCUGUUCAGGAUAUUCAGUUAUCCAAUCCCUCAUUGAGCAUGCAACCCUAAUUUUUAUGCAAUGGUCUUGUCCAAUUUCGUUCAACACCAUUGCUCAGUGUGCGGCAGGCCUAAGGCACUUAAAAUAAAUGCUGUUUGAAAUUGGAGUUUAGACAAAACAGCUUUGCAGUGAUGUUGUGGGUUCCUUCUGUGACUUCAUAAAUAAAGUACCAUUUUUUCCAGACUAUAAAACGUCCCAGAGUUUAAGCCAAACCAGCGAGAAAAUGGAUAAUAAAGAAGGAAAAAAAAACGUGUAUAAGUCACACUGGACCAUAAGUCAUAUUUUUGAGAGGAAAUUUAGUUGAUAAAACUCAACAAUGAGAACAGACAUUUCAUUUU